AUGACGACGUAUAUCUGGGUUCUGCUGCUAACUGUUGCAGCGCCGUCCGUUGCAGAAUACCAAGACGAAUUGAUCCUUCCUGAGAGUCCAUGUAACCUCGUGGACUGCGUUUCCGGCAGGCGAUGCAUCGUCGUCAGGGGAGAAGCACAGUGUGUCCCUGAUAACAAUAUCUUACAAACGACACAAGCACCACAAGGCCGAUGCGCUGCAAAUGAAGUGUACACCACAUGUGGAACUGCUUGCGAGCCAUCUUGCAGGGUUCCUAGACCGGAAAUCUGCACCCUCCAAUGCGUUAUUGGAUGCCAGUGCAGAUCUGGACUCUACCGUAACGACCAGAAUGCUUGCGUGCCAUUGUCAAGCUGUCCCGGUAAUGGAGGCAAUGGAGGCAAUGGAGGACAAAAUCAAUGUCAAGUGAACGAAGUAUUCCUAGAAUGUGGAACACAAUGCGAACCAACAUGCACGGAUCGUAAUCCGGUAUGUAACAGGGUAUGCGCUAUUGAUGUAUGUCAAUGCAGACAGGGUUACGUUCGUGAUGCCAAUAGAAGAUGCAUUCCCGUUGCUAGCUGUCCUGCAGUAUCUGCAAAUACCUUACAAACCGCUCAACCACCACAAGGCCGAUGCUCUGCAAAUGAAGUGUACAACACAUGUGGAACUGCUUGUGAACCAUCCUGCAGAGUUCCAAGACCGGAAAUCUGUACUGAACAAUGCGUUGUUGGAUGCCAGUGCAGAUCUGGAUUCUACCGUAACGAUCAGAAUGCUUGCGUGCAACUGUCAAACUGUCCUGGUAAUGGAGGCAAUGGAGGACAAAAUCAAUGUCAAGCAAACGAAGUAUUCCAAGAAUGUGGAACAAUGUGCGAACCAUCUUGCGCCGAUCGUAAUCCGGUAUGUACCAGAGAUUGCGCCAUUGACGUAUGCCAGUGCAGAAGAGGAUAUGUCCGUGAUGCCAAUAGGAGAUGCAUUCCUGUUGCCAGCUGUCCUCCAGCACCACUGACAUGCGCCACCGUUAAUUGUAUAACUGGUACCACAUGUCGAGAGAUCAACGGUAGACCUCAGUGCGUGCCAAGCAACCAGCCUCCUACUACAGGAAGUCCACUGACUUGCGCCACCGUCAAUUGUAUAACUGGCACCACAUGCCGACAGAUCGACGGUAGACCCCAGUGCGUGCCAAGCAACCAGCCUCCUACUACAGGAAGUCCACUGACUUGCGCUACUGUCAAUUGUAUAACUGGUACGAUUUGUCAGCAGAUCAACGGUAGACCUCAAUGCGUGCCAGCCCCAUCCUCUACAGAGACAUACAUUCCAGGAAGUCCACUAACUUGCGCCACCGUCAAUUGUAUAACUGGUACCACAUGUCGGCAAAUCAAUGGUAGACCUCAGUGUGUGCCAAUUACCCCAUCGUCAACAGGAUCUCCACUAACUUGCGCAACUGUUGAUUGUCGGACUGGCUUCACUUGUCAGCAGAUCGGUGGUAGACCUCAGUGUGUGCCAAAUACCCCAUCGUCGACAGGAUCUCCACUAACUUGCGCAACUGUUGAUUGUCGGACUGGCUUCACUUGUCAGCAGAUCGGUGGUAGACCUCAGUGCGUUCCAAAUACCCCAUCUUCCACAGGAAGCCCACUAACUUGCGCUAACGUCCGAUGUAGCGCUGGUACCACAUGUCAACUAAUCAACAAUAGACCUCAAUGUGUGCCAAACCCACCUUCUUCGACAGGAAGCCCAUUGACUUGCGCCACUGUGCGAUGCCGAGACGGUUUCAAUUGUCAACAGAUCAACAAUAGACCACAAUGUGUACCAAACACACCGUCAUCUACAGGAUCUCCACUAACCUGCGCAACCGUUGAUUGUCUGAGUGGCUUCACUUGUCGGCAGAUUGGUGGUAGGCCUCAGUGCGUGCCAAAUACCCCACCUUUCACAGGAAGUUGUCCCCUAUGUAGAGUUGGGACCACAUGUCGAGUAAUCAACAAUAGACCUCAAUGUGUGCCAGAUCCACCUUCUUCGACAGGAAGCCCAUUGACUUGCGCCAAUGUGCGAUGCCGAGAUGGCUUCAAUUGUCAACAGAUCAACAAUAGACCACAAUGUGUACCAAACACACCCUCAUCUACAGGAUCAUCGUUGACUUGCGAUAACGUCCGCUGUGGAGAAGGUACCACUUGUCAGCAGAUCAAUGGUAGACCUCAAUGUGUUCCGAACCCACCAGAACCUUCGAUCACUUGUGCGAAUGUCCGAUGUAUUGGUGGAACAACUUGCCAACUUAUCAAUAAUAGACCUCAAUGCGUACCAAAUACUCCAACUCCGAGAAUAGCAGCAACAGAAACCACUUCCGAAGAAUACAAUCCAUGUGCCGCCAUCACUUGUCUUGUCGGACAAGAGUGUAGAGUUAGGCAGGUUCAGUGUGUAAGAGCACCUUGCAACCCAAUCGGCGAAUGCUAUACUCCUCCCGGGGACAACAGAUGCCCCCAGUUCGAGUCAUUCAGAGAAUGCGCUAGUUACUGCGAACCUACUUGUUCUAACAGAAAUCCCGUUUGCAUUCAAUCCUGUGCACCAGCAAAGUGUCAAUGCAAUCAAGGAUUCUACCGUGAUGCCAGUGGACAGUGCGUAACCGAAAACGACUGCGAUGCUGCUGGCGCAAUGCCAUAUAGAAAAAUUCGUUUGUAA